AUGCAACUCUCCAUCGCUACCCUCACUGCCAUCGUGGUUACCCUGGCCAACGCCGCCCCCAUCUCCCCGGCUGACCAGAUCGCCGCCAUCGUCGACGGCAAGCCUCUUCCCCAGCACGCUCCUCACCGCGAGUCCAGCAAGGACGACUCCAAGGAUGUCGUGGACCUCCUUGGCCACACCCAGCUCCUCAACGGCAAUGGUCUCAACGUCCUGGGUGGCAAGGCCAGCGGCGGCAUCUCCAAGCGCCAGGAGCUCGAGCGCCUCUACCCCGAGCACUACGGCAGCGUUGAGUCGAGCGAGGACGACAGCUCGGAUGUCCUUGACCUUCUUGGCCACGCUAGCCUCCUGAAUGGCAACUCCAUUAACCUCCUUGGUGGCAAGGCUAGCGGAGGUAUCUCGAAGCGUCAGCUUGGUGCCCUGACAGGCUUGGUCAAUGGUGCCGCCAGAAAGCGCGGCUACCCCCAGCAGGAGCACAACAAGGACAACAGCGCCGACGUUGUCGACGCCCUCGGCCACGUCCAGGCUCUGAACAACGAUGGCAUCAAUGUCCUUGGUGGUAAGGCCAACGGCGGUAUUGGCAAGCGCGGCCACCCCGAAGUUGAGCACAACAAGGAUAACAGCAAGGACGUUGCCGACGCUCUCGGCCAUGUCCAGGCUCUGAACAACGAUGGCAUCAACGUUCUUGGUGGCAAGGCCAACGGCGGUAUUGGCAAGCGCGGCUACCCCCAGCAGGAGCACAACAAGGAUAACAGCAAGGACGUUGUCGACCUCCUGGGCCACGUCCAGGCUCUGAACAACGACGGCAUCAAUGUCCUUGGUGGUAAGGCCAAUGGUGGCAUUGGCAAGCGUGGCCACCCCGAAGUUGAGCACAACAAGGACAACAGCGCCGACGUUGUUGAUGCCCUUGGUCACGUUCAGGCCCUGAACAACGAUGGUAUCAACCUCCUCGGCCACUCCGCCAGCGGUGGUAUCGGCAAGCGUGGCUACCCUGCCGAGCAGGAAUCCAACAAGCACGACAGUGAGGAUGUUCUCGACGUCUUGGGCCACGUCCAGGCCCUCAACGGCGACGGUAUCAACCUCCUCGGCCACUCCGCCAGCGGUGGUAUCGGCAAGCGUGGCUACCCUGCCGAGCAGGAAUCCAACAAGCACGACAGUGAGGAUGUCCUCGACGUCUUGGGCCACGUCCAGGCCCUCAACGGCAACGGCAUCAACCUCCUCGGCCACUCCGCCAACGGUGGCAUCAGCCAGCGUGGCUACCCCGUUGAGCACAACGAGGACAACAGCGCUGACGUCGUCGACCUCCUCGGCCACACCGAUCUCCUCGACGCCGACGCCAUCGCCCUCCUGGCCCAAAACGCCAACGGCGGUAUCAUUAAGCGCGGCUACCCCGUCGAGGAAGAGCACAACAAGGACAACAGCGAGGAUAUCCUCAACCUCCUCGGGCACCUCCAGCUCCUCAACAACAACGGCAUUAACCUCCUCGGCCACUCCGCCGACGGUGGUAUCGACAAGCGCUCCGACAUCGACAACUCCGAGGAUGUCGCCAAUGUUCUCGGCCACACCAAGCUCCUCAACAACGACGGCAUCAACAUCCUCGGUGGCUCUGCUAACGGCGGUGCCUCGCACAAGCCCGAGCCCAAGCCCGUCGUCAUCAAGGAGAAGGAACACAAGCCCGAGGCCCCUGAGCAGGACCACGUCGCUGUUGUUGGCCCCUCCUUCGAGGCUAACCAGGUCCAGCAGGUUCAUCAGCAGAACCACCAGUAA